UUCUACACGGAACGCAUGGCCCUAAACGGAAGCUUGCUUCUUGUCUUGCUGUAUAAUUCGGCCGAGCUGAGCUUUGACCCGAAGCUCCAGCGCAAACAUAGUCGUCAACAACUUUCAACUUACCAGUAGGAGUACAUUUACUACCACAUCACCGGCACGCCGGCCAAACCAGGCAAGAAAUAGCAAAAACGUCAUUGCUAUCAACUUGCCAGUAGGAGUACAUUUACUACCACAUCACCGGCAAACUUGCGAAAACAGGCAAGAAAUAGCAAAAACACCAUUGCUAUCACUCCGCCCGAUGAGAUCUCCACUCCGGUUACAAACUUCUCAGAAAGAUUAGGGAAAAGCGACCCAGGGAAAUUCGGGCAGGAGAUAAGCUAGGAGGCCGGCAGCGCCUUCCUCUCUGCUUCUCCGCAAGGCGACACCUGUGUGAACGUGGCUUUGCGACCGCGAGAGAGCCCUUUUCCCCUUUCUCCCUGUGACUUUCGCCUUUCUUCCAUUCAUCUAAACCGGCGGCGGCAGAAUCUAAACUCGUGGGGCAGGGAAACCGGUAGAAAUACGGACGCGGCUCGGGCAGUGCACGGCGUCCAGCCCAGUUGAACGCACGGGCGCGAACGCUGUUGAGGUCGUCUCUCGGCCUCUUUCUUGGUUCGCCAUUAAUGGCCGUGCGUUUCCUCGUACUACUGUCGCUCCUCGUCCUGGCCUCCUCCAGCUCAGGCUCCACCACCUCGCUCGCCACCAACGCCACCGCCGAUGGCGGCUCGCUGGAUAGUCUGGAUGCGGGGAGCCUCACCGAGUUCAGCUUCUCCACCUUCCAUCCCGAGUACCGCGGCAAAAACCUGACGGUGGUCGGCGACGCCGACAUAACCAAGCGCGCGCUCCAGAUCACGCCGGACACGGGCAACGAGGCCGCCCACUUCCUCACCAACAAGUCCGGCCGCGUCCUCUACUACGCCCCGGUCAGGCUCUGGCGCCUCCAGAAGGGCGGCAAGGGCAAUGCCAGAGGCGGCGCGGGCGGCGGCAAGAGGGUCGCGUCCUUCCGCACCGUCUUCACCGUCAACGUCUUCCGCCCGUCGGGCGCGGACCCGGCGGAGGGGUUCGCGUUCCUCAUUGCGCCGUCCGCGGGCGAGCCGCCCGCCGGGAGCUACGGCGGGUACCUCGGCCUCACCAACGCGACGACCGACGGCAACGCCGCGAACCAGGUCGUCGCCGUCGAGCUCGACACCGAGAAGCAGCCCUACGACCCGGACGACAACCACAUCGGCCUCAACGUCAACAGCGUCGUCUCCGUCGCCAACGCCUCGCUCACGCCCCGCGGCAUCGAGAUCUCGCCGGUCAAGACCGCCAAGUUCAACGUCUGGAUCGACUACGACGGCGCCGCCCGCCGCAUCACGGUGUACAUGGCCGACUUCCAGGACGCCAAGCCGGCGUCUCCGGUGCUCGCCGCGCCGCUGGACCUCGGGGCCACCGUGGCCGAGAGGUCCUACUUCGGGUUCGCCGCGUCGACGGGCACCAAGUACCAGCUCAACUGCGUCCUGGCAUGGAACAUGACGGUGGAGAAGCUCGACGAGCCGAACGACAACAGGGGCCUCAUUCUGGGGCUCGCCGUCGGGGUGCCCGUCGCGGUGCUCGCGCUGGGCGCCGCCGCCGCAUUGGGGUACUACCUGUGCGUGGUGAGGCGGCGGAAGGUGGGCCGCGACCAGGGCAGCGCCAUCACCGGGACGAUGAUCCGGAGCCUCGCCGGCGGGCCGCGGGAGUUCGACUACCGGGAGCUGCGGAAGGCGACCAACAACUUCGACGAGCGGAUGAAGCUGGGGCAGGGCGGGUACGGGGUGGUGUACCGCGGCACGGUGGCCGACGACCACAGCAACCCGACCGCCGCGGGGACCGCGGUGGAGGUGGCGGUAAAGAAGUUCUCGCGGGCGAGCACGCAGGGGCAGAACGACUUCCUCGCCGAGCUCAGCAUCAUCAACCGCCUCCGCCACAAGCACCUCGUCCGCCUCGUCGGGUGGAGCCACGACAACGGCGAGCUGCUGCUGGUGUACGAGUACAUGUCGAACGGCAGCCUGGACCAGCACCUGUUCAGCUCGGCGCCGGGGUCGCGGCCGGGGCAGCCGCUGGGGUGGGAGCUCCGGUACAGCAUCGUCCAGGGCGUGGCGUCGGCGCUGCACUACCUGCACGACCAGUUCGACCAGCGCGUGGUGCACCGCGACCUCAAGGCCUCCAACAUCAUGCUGGACGCCGCCUUCACCGCGCGCCUCGGCGACUUCGGCCUCGCCCGCGCCAUCGAGACGGACAAGACCUCCUACAUGGAGGAGGCCGGCGGCGGCGUGCACGGCACCGUCGGCUACAUCGCCCCCGAGUGCUUCCACACCGAGAAGGCCACGCGCGAGUCCGACGUCUACGCCUUCGGCGCCGUCAUCCUCGAGGUCGUCUGCGGCCGCCGCCCGCGCUGCGACAUCGACGGCUUCCACUUCCUGGUGGACUGGGUGUGGCGCCUCCACCGCGACGGCCGCGCGCUCGAGGCCGUCGACCCCGGCCUCGACGGCGCGUUCGACGAGGACGACGCCGAGCGCCUGCUCAUGCUGGGCCUGGCCUGCAGCCACCCGACGCCCGCCGAGCGGCCCAAGGCGCAGGCCAUCUCGCAGAUCCUGCUGCGGUCCAUGCCGACGCCGGCCGUGCCGCCGUUCAAGCCGUCGUUCGUGUGGCCGGCGACGGACGGAGGAUUCGACACCAUGUCCACGACGGCGGGGUCGACGUCGAGCACGGUCGUGACGUCCGCGUCCACGUGGAGCGGCAACUUCGCGAGGGGCAGCCAGAACCACGCGCCGCCGCCGGAGCAGGACACCUCCGGUUCACUGGUUUGACACGUCGGUUUCGCAUUGCCACCGUCACCGUGGUUUCUGAUUGUUUAAACCGGAGUCUCCUACGCUUUUUUUUUUGGCUUUCUCAAAAUUCCUCAUCUGUAAUUAUUAUCUUUCUAACGAGAAUUGUUCUUGCAUUUCUCGGCCUCUUUGUGUACUUGGUUAGUGCAACUCUUGUGAAGGCAAAGUUGCAAGUCUAAUGAGUUCUGUUCUAGAUAGCGGCGCGAACAGGAAAAGUUUUUUUUUUAAGAUCCAGCAGUCGCUGGCUUCAUUGUACUAUUAAGGAGGGACAUGCUGAAAAAGAAGAUUUCGCUACGAA